UCAUCAUUACUUCACAUUACCAAAAACCAGAAUCUUCCUAAUUUCUAUGCAAUUCCAUUUCAGGUAAAUAUCCCUUUUUUGGAUCCCCCACUUUUCACCCCUGAAAUUAUACAUACUUGCCCUUCACAACUUACCAUGGAACAAUCAUGGUAAUGACCUGGGAGAGGCUUUGCCCAGAUCUGUCAUGCCUAAAGGAAGCAAACAGGGAGAGAGAGGACACGAGCUGCAGAUACUCUUGGAGAGGGUGGGGAUGAAACCUGCCUGGAAUGACGCCCCAAAGGACAAGCAGCAGCUCAUAGCUCUUUGGUACACAGUGUUCAAUAAAGUGUUACAUGAGAACAGUUUGGUGAGAGGGGAAGAAGAGAAAGGUACUAAUGAGGGUGUCAGACAUAGAUGGGGGAGCAGCUAUAGAUCUGAAUAUUGGGGAUCCUUCUUUCUUUCCAGCUGGGUCACACAUAAUUUGUUAGGAGGCUUUGUGUUUUCUGUCUUCUUCGUGUUUCCUGUCUUCAUUGCAGAGAUGGACAUAGAAGCCAAUCCAGGAGGACAAUGGCACAGAGAGGCAGCAGCAUACCCAGUUCCUAGAAUUUGGGCUCUGGGGUCGGAGGGAGGCUCCAGCUGGCCCAGGUGCAAGGAGAACUGGACUAGGACAGAGGUGCUGAGUGGUGGCUCCUUCAGAGGGAGAACCCUGGCAUCUACCACCAACCCCCUCACAACUAGGUGUUUGAAAUGGUGAAUGUACUUUGCUUAUUCAGGCGGCGGCGGCGCCCGGGAGCCGGAGCCUUCGCGGCGCCCACGUCCCUCCCCCGCCGCACCCCGCCCCGGCGCUAGAGGAGAGCGCGAGAGCCCGGGCCGCGGGAGGGCGGAGAAGAUGGCAGAGGCACCGGCCUCCCCGGCUCCUCUCUCUCCUCUCGAAGUGGAGCUGGACCCGGAGUUCGAGCCCCAGAGCCGGCCGCGCUCCUGUACGUGGCCCCUGCAGAGGCCGGAGCUCCAGGCGAGCCCGGCCAAGCCCUCGGGGGAGACGGCCGCCGACUCCAUGAUCCCCGAGGAGGAGGACGAUGAAGACGACGAGGACGGCGGGGGCCGGGCCGGCUCGGCCAUGGCGAUAGGCGGCGGCGGGAGCGGCACGCUGGGCUCUGGGCUGCUCCUUGAGGACUCGGCCCGGCUGCUGGCUCCCGGAGGGCAGGACCCCGGGUCCGGGCCAGCCCCCGCGGCGGGCGCGUUGAGCGGGGGAACUCAGACGCCGCUGCAGCCUCAGCAGCCACUGCCACCGCCGCAGCCGGGGGCGGCGGGGGGCUCUGGGCAGCCAAGGAAAUGCUCGUCGCGGAGGAACGCCUGGGGGAACCUGUCCUACGCAGACCUGAUCACCCGCGCCAUCGAGAGCUCCCCGGACAAACGGCUCACUUUGUCCCAGAUCUACGAGUGGAUGGUGCGCUGCGUGCCCUACUUCAAGGAUAAGGGCGACAGCAACAGCUCUGCCGGCUGGAAGAAUUCUAUACGGCACAACCUGUCUCUGCACAGUCGAUUCAUGCGGGUCCAGAAUGAGGGAACCGGCAAGAGCUCUUGGUGGAUAAUCAACCCUGAUGGGGGGAAGAGUGGCAAGGCCCCCCGGCGGCGGGCUGUCUCCAUGGACAACAGCAACAAGUAUACCAAGAGCCGUGGCCGUGCGGCUAAAAAGAAGGCAGCCAUGCAGACAGCCCCGGAGUCGGCCGACGACAGCCCCUCCCAGCUCUCCAAGUGGCCUGGCAGCCCCACGUCACGCAGCAGUGAUGAGCUGGAUGCGUGGACAGACUUCCGCUCACGCACCAAUUCCAACGCCAGCACGGUGAGCGGCCGCCUGUCGCCCAUCCUAGCAAGCACAGAGUUAGAUGACGUCCAGGAUGACGAUGCGCCGCUGUCACCCAUGCUCUACAGCAGCUCAGCAAGCCUGUCUCCCUCUGUCAGCAAGCCAUGCACUGUGGAGCUGCCACGGCUGACCGACAUGGCGGGCACCAUGAAUCUGAAUGAUGGGCUGGCUGACAACCUCAUGGACGACCUGUUGGAUAACAUCCCGCUCCCAUCAUCCCAGCCAUCACCCACCGGGGGGCUCAUGCAGCGGAGCUCUAGCUUCCCAUACACCACCAAGGGCUCGGGCCUGGGCUCUCCAACCAGCUCCUUUAAUAGCACGGUGUUUGGACCUUCGUCCCUGAACUCCCUGCGCCAGUCUCCCAUGCAGACCAUCCAAGAGAACAAGCCAGCUACCUUCUCUUCCAUGUCACACUAUGGCACCCAGACACUCCAGGACCUGCUCACUUCGGACUCACUCAGCCACAGCGAUGUCAUGAUGACCCAGUCAGACCCCUUGAUGUCUCAGGCCAGCACCGCUGUGUCUGCCCAGAAUUCCCGCCGGAACGUGAUGCUUCGCAGUGACCCAAUGAUGUCAUUUGCCGCCCAGCCUAACCAGGGGAGUUUGGUCAAUCAGAACUUGCUCCACCACCAGCACCAAACCCAGGGCGCUCUCGGUGGUAGCCGUGCCUUGUCGAAUUCUGUCAGCAACAUGGGCUUGAGUGACUCCAGCAGCCUUGGGUCAGCCAAACACCAGCAGCAGUCUCCUGUCAACCAGUCUAUGCAAACCCUCUCGGACUCUCUCUCAGGCUCCUCCUUGUACUCCACUAGUGCAAACCUUCCUGUCAUGGGCCAUGAGAAGUUCCCCAGCGACUUGGACCUGGACAUGUUCAAUGGGAGCUUGGAAUGUGACAUGGAGUCCAUUAUCCGUAGUGAACUUAUGGAUGCUGAUGGGUUGGAUUUUAACUUUGAUUCCCUCAUCUCCACACAGAACGUUGUUGGUUUGAACGUGGGGAGCUUCACUGGUGCUAAGCAGGCUUCAUCUCAGAGCUGGGUGCCAGGCUGAAGGAUCACUGAGGAAGGGGAAGUGGGCAAAGCAGACCCUCAAACUGACACAAGACCUACACAGAAAACCCUUUGCCAAAUCUGCUCUCAGCAAGUGGACAGUGAUACCGUUUACAGCUUAACACCUUUGUGAAUCCCACGCCAUUUUCCUAACCCAGCAGAGACUGUUAAUGGCCCCUUACCCUGGGUGAGGCACUUACCCUUGGAACAGAACUCUAUAAAGUAUGCAAAAUCUUCCUUGUACGGGGUGGCCAGCGCCUGCCAACGGAGGACAGCACCCCGCCAGCACCACCCCCCUCACUCAGAGCACACCGGGAGCCCCCGUCGGCGAUUCUGUGGUGUUUUAAUAUUGCAAUGGUCUAUGGGAUGUUUUAAGUGUUCUUGUAUUUGUUUUUCUUUGACUUUCUCAGUUUUUCACAUGCAUUAACUUGCAGUAUUUUUCUGUUAAAAUGUUAACCGUCCUUCACCUGGCAAAUUUAAAAACAAACGUACCAGUUACCAUUCCGGCUUCGGGCAUCACAAGCUUUUGAGCCCAUGGAACUCCAUAAACUAACACAUUACAUAAACUAGAGGGGGAUUUUCUUUCUUCUUUUGUUUAGUAGAAAAUUAUCCUUUUCUAAAAACUGAACAAUGGCACAGUUGUUUGCUGUGUGCGCCCGUCCAGGACUGAGCCAUGCAUUGGCAAAGCGAGUGGAGCACAGCAUCUGGCCCACCGUGUUUCCAGUUUGAGUCCGGUGUCUGGAUGGGACCCCAGCACCGGGUCUGCGGUGGCCACAUCGGUAGGGCCUGUGACCGCCUGUCAGUGUCCUGAGCUAAUGUGAGCAGCUUUGGUCAGUUGGUUAGAAACCAGGAUCUCUUCAGGAAAGAAAUCAGCACAGCUGUCCACUUGUUGCCAGAUGCCACUAAAGGGUUUGGUUUUAAGGAGAAAAGAAAAGGAAAAAAAAAAAAAAUAGUAGUCCUGUUUUGCUUUGCAGAAGGAGGGAACUUACAGGUGAGCGUUAAGCUUGCAGUGAGAAAUGUGUGAAGCAUACAAACCCCAGUCAAUGCUAAGGCAGUUCUAACUCCACUGUUUUCCUAAAUAUACAUCCUUGAUUAUUUUCAGCCUUGCUGUGUAUAAUCUGAUCUGCUGGAAGUGUAUGAGUGAGAGACAAUAACAUACAAACUGAUUUUUUUUUUAAGUAUAAAGCUUAGGUUGUAAUUGUACAAGUGACACAAUGGAAGUGCAAGAUAAGGCAGUUUACCUUUCUUUUGUUUUUACUUCUGCUUCUAUGGAUUUCAUUUUGUUUUGUUUUCAAAAAGUUAUGGUGCUGUAUAGGUGCUUUCUGUUUAACCUGGAAAGUGUGAUUUAUAUUUGUACCCUCCUUGGUAGACAGAACAGUUGGGAACACCAUUGGUACAUAGGAAACUGGUGUCACAAUGCUCUGAUUAGCACAGUAUACACAUACUUCUCCAAAGUGAUAUAUGAAGACUCUUUUCUUUGCAUAAAAAGCAUUAGGCAUAUAAAUGUAUAAAUAGAUUUUUAUCAUGUACAGUACAAAAAUGGAACCUUAUGCAUGGGCGUUAGGAUUACAGGCUAGUAUUUCAGCACAGACUUCCCUGCUUGAGUUCUCGCUGAUGCUUGCACCGUGACAGUGGGCACCAACACAGACGUGCCACCGACCCCCCCCACCCGCCCGGCACCCACCACCGGCCACCAGGGGCACCCUUGUGCGCCUUUGCUUUAUAACUCCUCUGGGGGUGAUACUGGUGGUGAUCGCUGCUCCUAGCGUAAUGAGAGUUCCAUUUGGUAUUGUCACACGUCUCUCCUGCCUCGCUUGGGUUGUCAUGUUUGAGCGAUUGCCCUGUUGAUUUCACCCUGCCUUUUACUGAAUCUGUAAAUUGUUGUGCAGUUGUGGUUAUAGUAGACCUGUAGCACAUCGCCUUUUCUAAACUGCUACGUGUUUAUAAUCAUUUUAAAAGUAUGUAUAAUUUUU